AUGCUCCAGCCACGGAAAAAAUCUAUUCAUCGAACUGCAAAAGUUCCACCUGAAUUACAUACAAAUAUGAAUAAAGAAGAUUAUAUUGUACUUGAUCAUGCUACAAUAUGUACUGAAUGGUAUCGUCUAUGGACUUCAUUUGGUUUUAGUGAACAUCAAUGGUUAUCUCGUGCAGCGAAAGUUGAAGAAUAUACACGCAAAUUACUUGAAAAUAAAUUAUUAACUUAUAAAGAACAAUUAAAUAAACGAAAAAAAUUACUUAAACAAUCCAUUGAAGAUUAUGAAGAAUUAAUCUCACGUACAGGUCUUUCAUCAUUAAGUGAUACAUCUGUGUUUGAUAAAUUAAAAUUAAAAGAACAAGAAAUUUAUAUUGAUAAAAAAAUGCAAGAUUUAUUAAUUAAUGAAGGUCAAUUAAUUCAACAACGAAAUGAACUUGAAAAUAAACAAAAACAAUUAUGUACAUUACUUCAUAGUUCACCUAUUGAAUUCGAUGAAAAUAUCACGAUGUCUCUCGUCGAAAUGAAUAAAAAAAUUCAAGAUCAUAUCAAAAUGCUUAGCGACUUAAAAGAUCUUCGUCUUAGUCAAGUUUCAUCAUAUUAUCUUAAAGUAAAAGAAUAUUCUGAACAAUUAGAAUGGACACCAUCAUCAUCAUCAACUGUUGAAUAUCUUCUUCUUGAACAAUUUAAUCGUUGUCUUACGGCUGAUUGUCUCAAUGAAAUUGAAAACACAAUACAUGAUUUGGAAAGUCAAAUUGAAGCACAAAAAGCUCAUUUCUUUGUAUUACAUAAUCAAUUAGGACAUCUCUAUGAACGUUUAGGUAAAGAUCCAGAAAAAGAUUAUUGUUUAAUCUAUAAAACUGGCAGUGAAAAUAUUAAUACAUUUGUUAUUAAACAACUUGAACAUGAAAUAGCAUGUUGUCGUGGAGAACGAAUGAAAAAUGGACAACAAUAUCGACAAUCAAUUCAUCAACAAAUUGUUAAUUUAUUAGAAAAAGCACAUUUAGGAAAUGAUGAACGAAUUAUUCUUAAUAAACUUGAUUCUCAAACUUUAUCAUCGGAUAUACUUGAUGCAUAUGAUGCUGAAUAUGAACGUAUUAAUCAACUCUAUGAAAAACGUAAACCAAUUGUUGAUGCUUAUGAAAAAUGGCUUUCAUUUUGGAAUGAUUUUGUUGUUUUUACCAAAGCAUCAACAGAUCCUGGUCGUUUUCAUACACGUGGAUAUAAUGCUGAAGCUGAAGGACGUAAACGUAAAAAAUUUCAUCGAGAAUUACCACAAAUUGAACAAGAAUUUUUAAAUGUUUUAUCUCAAUAUAAUGAUCCAACAUUUUUAAUUGAUAAUAUACCUAUUCAACAAAAAUUUGAUGAAGCUCAUCAUCAGAUACCAGCUUCUGCUCUACCAUCGUCUAUAUCUACAAAAAUGGUUGCAACCAUUGCAGUACCAUCCCAACUUUCAGGUCUUACGCCUAUUCGAUCACGAACACCGGCUGCUACACCUCGUCGAGUAGCCAAUAAAGAAUCGAAUGUUGUUACCACAGCACGUCGUGCUGUUAAAACACCAUCCACUACUACGGGAAGAAAACUACUAAAUAAAAUAGCUAGUAAAACUGAAUGUCAAACAAAACGAGCUAAACCACGUCCUCCACCAUUGUCACAUGCAUCACCACCAAGACCAGCUACUACAUUAAGUGUUCAUCCACCUGCACGUACUGAUGAUCAAGCUCUGGAUUUUUCACUUUUACAUACAAUGAAAAAUGUUCAUGGCCAAAUAAAAGUGAUGACAUCAACUCCUAAUUCGUCAUUUGACAUUAUAGAAACUCGAAAUGGUGCUUAUUGUAAAACAGCUCAUAAUGUAAUCGGUAGACGUAAAUCAAAAAGACAAUCAAAACGAACACCUGUUCCAUUAAUAAUGAUUCAACGAGUGACCGAAGAAACGGUAGUGUGCUUAUAA